GCGGAUCGCGUAUCCCCAAAUCGCAUCCAAACCCUAGCUUCCUCCUCCGGCCUCGGCGACCGUAACCCGCCGCCGCUUGCGCACCCCCAAAUCUCAUCCAUCAAAACCCUAGCCUCCUCCUCCGGCCUCGGCGACCGUAGCAUAGCAAUGAAGCGCGGGAGGAACAAGUAUGAGAAGCUUGAUGGAGGAGGAACCGUCUCCACCCCUCUCGUCGUCAGCGAUCCGCAUCUGGGAGACCUCGCUCAGAUCGGGGUUAGCGGCAGCGAGAUCUCAAGUCGCUCGGUAUACUUUGCGGUAUGCCAUCGGGACUGGUCUGCUUGUCAAAUUAGCUCCCCUCUGUACAAGGUGGACCUCGCCCUCUCCAACUCCGACUCCGAGGACUCUGAGGGCUCGCGAGAGCCUCCAGGCCGGGUAAAACUGCGUCGAAUAGCUACCCUGGAAACCGAUAUCGGCGGCAAGACCUUUAUAUCCAUGGAGUCAGCUGGCUGGAUCAUCGGUAUCGGCGGUAGUAAUCCCGGCGGCACCAUCAUCUUCGACACCAAGGAUAACAAAGUGAUCCGCGGGCCAAAACUGAUCGCCAACAAGUGGUGCCCAGUUGUGGCCGCUGUCGGUUACAAAAUUUAUGCCCUCUCUAGGCUUCCCGAUUUCGUUGAAGAGCCCGAUUUCGUGCCCUGGUUCGAGGUCCUUGAUCUCUCCAAAGCUACUAUCACAGAAACAGAGGAGGGGCUCACCCUGGAUGCGUGCUCCUGGGAGGCACUACCUUAUCCACUCUGCUUUCCUUGUAAGCUCACUCCAAAGGCCUACAGACGUCCACCCUUCAUAACCGUCAGUUCCUCUGUGGUGGUCGAGCCCUACAUAUUGAUAUCGCUCAAUCAGCCAACCAACUGUGUCUAUGCAUUUGACACCAACACAGGAAAGUGGCACAAGAUUGAUGAUGAGUACCUGCCUUUUGUUGGGCAUGCCACUCAGCUGGGGCAUGGCAGCAGCAUCUUCCUUGCCUCAUCUCGGGAGAAUGGGCCUAUCAAUGCGUACGACAUCCAUGUCUCAGUUAGCAGCCCGGAAAACAUCUCUAGCGUUGCUGACAAGGGUGGUGCUCUUAAGUUAUCCAUCACUGUGUUCUCAAUAAGAAAUAAGCAUGGUGAAGACGUUUCUGCAAAGAAAAGCAUUAUCACGUCCCUAGGCAAGAAACACUUCUGUGAGUUGCUUUCAUUUGAGGGCUGUGGACGCUACUUGGUUUACGAUAAAGAAACCAAAGAAUCCUAUCCAGGGAAAUUGUACGUACAGUUGUGUACCUAUCAAAAAGAGAGCCAUGCACUCCAUGGGGAGACCUCAGAGAUUGUAGUCUCCUGUCAACAGGAGCUGACCUCCAGAAUUCGCAGUUCCUGUGGCUUCUCUUCAGCACCCAUUGUCUUCGCUUUGUCCAUAUAAGCCCAUCAACAGUAAUAUUUGGUUUGCAUAGUUUCUACACUUCAUGCAAAUCUUACCUUGUACUAGAUUAUUUUCACCUUGCUACAUUUUUAUACCUUGGCAUUAACUUUGAAAAUAGGUUACAAGCACUGUUCUUCCCUCUCGCCCAUACAUUGUGCUUAAAAAAAUGACGCUUACAAAUUUGUUUUUUAUCCUUCUGUCAAUACAUCUUAGGCUAGAACCUUAUUGUGAUGAGUAUAUAUUUAAAUGUGUGUUACCGUUAAUCGAUACGCCUGAUGGUUGAUUCAGGUAUCGUGUCCAAUUAAGCACUGGCUGUGUCCGGUGGGGAUGUGCUACCCGCUGGUGGAAUGUGCUUAGCCCGUGUUCUCUUUGUUUCAUGGGACAGCAAGCACUUUAUAUUAUCCUAAUGCAAAACAUGUACUUCGUAUCUGAUGGAAUUCAGAGUUUAAUGAUCGUUUAAGUUAUUGUAUCUGAUGAAAUUGGAAGGUUAAGGAUGGAACUUUUUUGGUU